CAAACAAGUUGUACAUCAUCAUCAAUUAAACAGAGACACAGUUUUCUUGAAUUUCAAUACUUGUUUUCUUUUAAUCAACAAUCUUAUCCCGAAAAACAAACAUGUCUUGCUGUGGUGGAAACUGUGGUUGUGGAUCUGGCUGCAAAUGCGGCAAUGGCUGUGGAGGAUGCAAGAUGUAUCCUGACAUGAGCUACACAGAGAGCACCAUGACUGAGACUUUGGUGCUUGGGGUGGGACCUGAGAAUACAAGCUUCGGCGCCAUGGAGAUGGGAGAAUCCCCUGUUGCUGAGAAUGGCUGCAAAUGUGGAUCUGACUGCAAGUGUAACCCUUGCACUUGUUCUAAAUGAACAAACUAAAAUUUAACAGAGCAGAGAUCAUGGUUAAAUAACUAGUCUUAAAUUGUCUAGUUAUAGUUAUGUGUGUGUUGAAACAGGGAAAGGCUGUGUGUUUUUUUUUUCCUGUAAUAAGAAAUAGUAAUGUUUGUAAGUAGUGGUAAUGUGGUCUGUGUAAUCUCUGCAUCUGGUAAUUUUAACAUAUUAAGUGUUUGGAAGUGUGUUGUGGUCUCAACUAAUUCAAGAACUUCCUUUCAUUGUUA